AUGGCCGAAGCAGCUUCCAGCAUAGAGCUCAAGGAGAACACCUCCAUCAUUGUUCUCGGUGCCUCUGGCGAUCUCGCCAAGAAGAAGACGUACCCUGCGUUGUUUGGUCUUUACCGGAACCAGUUCCUCCCCAAGGAUGUCAAGAUUGUCGGAUAUGCGCGCACCAAGAUGGACCGCGAGGAGUAUCUCAAGAGGGUCAAAUCGUACAUCAAGACCCCCACCAAGGAGACUGAGAAGCAGCUCGAGGAGUUCGCCGACCUCUGCACAUACGUCUCGGGUCAGUACGACAAGGACGAAUCCUUCCAGGCCCUCAACAAGCACCUGGAGGAGCUGGAGAGCGGCCGCCCCGAGCAGAACCGCGUUUUCUACAUGGCCCUGCCUCCCAGCGUCUUCACCAUCGUCUCUCAGCACCUGAAGAGGUCGUGCUACCCCAAGAAUGGCAUUGCACGUGUCAUUGUCGAGAAGCCUUUCGGCAAGGACCUGGCCAGCUCGCGCGAGCUCCAGAAGUCGCUGAUACCCGACUGGAAAGAGGAUGAGCUCUUCCGCAUCGACCACUACCUGGGCAAGGAGAUGGUCAAGAACAUCCUCAUCCUCCGCUUCGGCAACGCCUUCCUCGGUGCCAACUGGAACCGCCACCACAUUGAAAACGUUCAGAUUACCUUCAAGGAGCCUUUCGGCACCGAGGGCCGCGGCGGCUACUUUGAUGAGUUCGGCAUCAUCCGUGACGUCAUGCAGAACCACCUGCUGCAGGUGCUGACACUCCUGGCCAUGGAGCGUCCCAUCUCGUUCAACUCUGAGGAUAUUCGUGACGAGAAGGUGCGUGUCCUCCGCUUCAUGCCCGCCAUCGAGCCCAAGGACGUCAUCAUCGGCCAGUACGGCCGCUCGCUCGACGGCAGCAAGCCCGCCUACAAGGAGGACGAAACGGUGCCCAAGGGGUCGAGGUGCCCCACCUUCUGCGCCUUGGUCGCCCACAUCAAGAACGAGCGCUGGGAGGGCGUGCCCUUCAUCCUCAAGGCUGGCAAGGCCCUCAACGAGCAGAAGACGGAGAUCCGCAUCCAGUUCAAGGAUGUGACGUCGGGCAUCUUUAAGGACAUCCCGCGUAACGAGCUCGUCAUCCGCAUCCAGCCCAACGAGUCGGUCUACAUGAAGAUGAACUCGAAGCUGCCCGGCCUCAGCAUGCAGACGGUCGCCACCGAGCUCGACCUCACCUACCGCCGACGCUUCUCCGACCUCAAGAUCCCCGAGGCCUACGAGUCGCUCGUCCUCGACUGCCUCAAGGGCGACCACUCCAACUUCGUCCGUGAUGACGAGCUCGAUGCCAGCUGGCGCAUCUUCACCCCUCUUCUGCACUACCUCGAGGACAACAAGGAGAUUAUUCCCAUGGAGUACCCCUACGGCUCCCGCGGCCCGGCGGUGCUGGAUGACUUCACCGCAUCCUACGGUUUCAAGUUCAGCGAUGCCACCGGCUACCAGUGGCCCACCACUGCAGCUUCUCAGCCCAACAAGAUGUAA